AUGUCGCAACAGUACAAUGCUUAUGGAGGCAAUCCCUACGGCCAGAAUGAGGGCGGAUACGCAGGCCAACAGUCGAAUCCAUAUGGCGGUGCCGGUUAUGGCUCCUCCAACCCGUACGGCGGCGGUGUAAGUAGCGCUCCGACCCCGACCAACAGCCAUUGCCCUGCGCGAAUCUUCAUCCAAACUCCAAGACGGUCCACUAAUCGAAGAUGGCAGUAUGACGAGCAGCUCAACCCCCCCGCGCCGCUGCAGCAAGCCGACUCCAACUACUCCCAGCCGUCGCAAUACUCGCAGGGCGGCGCAGCCUUGAGCCAGCACAACAGUCACGCCCAACAAACUACGCAAAAUGUCCCCCACACCGAUGUGCCCAUGUCCAACCUGCACGGCGCCAACAGCAACAACAACAACAACAACAACAACGGCGCCGCUGCAGUCGGCAACAGCUACGGCGGCCCCGAACAGCAGCACGGCGCGCGACCCCUCCGCCAAGAAGACUUUCUUGCGCGCGUCUCGGGCGCAAAAGAGCGCAUCAAUCAACUCACGUCGGACAUCCAAGCCAUCUCCACCAUCCACCAGCGCAUGCUGUCCUCGCCCGACAACCGCUCGUCCACGGAGCUCGAAGCCAUUGUGACGCAGACGCAGAUCCGCAACACGCAGAUCAAGGAUGAAAUCAAGUUCCUGGAGCGCGACGCCGCGCGCGACCCCGGCAACAGCCUCAAGCAGAGCCAGGUCAAGAAUCUCAAGAGCACGUUUAAGAAGCAAUUGGAGGAUUUCCAGAGGGAGGAGGCGGAUUACAGUAAGCGGUACCGCGAGGCCAUUGGCCGGCAAUACCGGAUCAUCAAUCCCGAGGCGACCGAGGAGGAAGUGCUCGAGGCGCAGAAUAGUGAUUGGGGCGACGAAGGCAUCUUCACCCAAGCCCUCAAAUCCAACCGCUCCGGCCAAGCCUCGAGCGUCCUCGGCGCCGUCCGCGCCCGCCACAACGACAUCCAACGCAUCGAGAAGACCAUGUCAGAACUAGCCUUGCUCUUCACCCAACUCAACGAACAGGUCGUCUACCAAGAAGCCCAGGUCGUCCAGGCCGAGGAGCAAACGACGCAGGUCAAGGCCGACACGGAAAAGGCCAAUGUCCAGCUCAACGAGGGCAUCAAGAGCGCGCGGCGGGCUCGCAAGUUGAAGUGGUGGACGCUGUUUGUCGUCUUGGCGAUUCUGGCGAUUCUGGCGCUGGUGUUGGGGAUUUAUUUUGGGGCGGUGAAGAAGUGA